AUGUCUUCAUCCAGUGAUUCUUGCCCCAGCCUAUUGAGCUUCCUGGAAGCACUGGUACUAUGCAGUGAGAAGGCAGCAACUAUUGCCCGUCUUGUAAAGCUCGAGUACGGUGGAUUCCAAUCCUUGGUGCAACAGAAGCUUGGUGCCGAAGCAAACUCACGAUUUAGUAUGGAUGUAAAGACCCUGGCUGAUGUACUUAUUCAGGAAGUCGUUCGCUUUGAUCUUAAAAAAUUGGAGGCAAUAUUUGGUCUCUAG